AUGGGUUUCUGGGACACCAUAACCGACCUCGUCGAGGCCGCCACGCCUUGGGCGACGGCCGACGCCGAGGCUCCCGCGAGAGAAUCGACCGAGGAGACCACUGCCGAGUCCACCAAGGAGGAAGCCAGCACAGAGGCCCAGGCCGCCGCCGAGGAGGAGCCUGCUGCCGAGGAGGAGGAAGAAGAAGAGGAGGAAGAGGAGGAGGAGGUCGUUGACCCCAAGGAACAGCUGGAGGAAGAGUGCCGGAAUUCCAAACAAUGCGCCCCUGCGAAGCACCACUUCGAUGAGUGCGUCGAGCGCGUCACCAACCAGCAGGCCGAGGGCGGUGCGAAGGAGGACUGCGUUGAGGAGUUCUUCCACCUCGCCCACUGCGCGACCCAGUGCGCCGCCCCCAAGCUUUGGUCCAUCCUCAAAUAA